AACUGGAGUAAUAACAUUUCUUGUUAUGCUUACUAUUUUUAUAAUGACUUAAAUAGUAAGUAGGAGUAAUCAAGAGCAGUUGCCUUGUAAACAGCGAGUAAGGGCGCGUGGGAUUUGAUUCGUCGCUUGUGGUGUCUCCUCCUCCAUCGUAGAAAAGAUUUUAAAAAGGAGGAGGAAGCAUAAUAAUAAUCUUUUCUUCUUCUUUCUUCUUCUUCUUCUUCUUAGAUUGAUUGAUACCAACUCUUAAUCUACAUCUGAUCUUCAUUUCUACUUCCAAGAGCAAUCUGGGUUCUGUAUUGAAGGUGGAGAGGGGAUUCAUUAGAGCUAGUGAGAAAAAACUGACUCUUUUGAAGAAGGAUGAGGAUUUUGUGCGAUGCGUGCGAGAACGCAGCUGCUAUCGUCUUCUGCGCCGCGGACGAAGCUGCCCUUUGCCGCGCCUGUGAUGAAAAAGUUCAUAUGUGCAAUAAGCUAGCUAGUCGGCAUGUACGUGUAGGUUUAGCCGAACCAAGCAAUGCCCCUUGCUGCGAUAUUUGCGAAAAUGCACCUGCCUUCUUUUACUGUGAGAUAGAUGGUAGUUCGCUUUGUCUACAAUGUGACAUGGUAGUACAUGUUGGUGGCAAGAGAACACACGGGCGCUUUCUUCUGCUCAGACAGAGAAUCGAGUUUCCAGGGGACAAGCCUAAACAAAACAAUACGAGAGACAAUUUGCAAAACCAAAGAGUCUCUGCAACUGCAAACGGUGAAGCUAAUGGCAAGCCUGACGACGAAAUGAUUGAUCUCAACGCUAACCCUCAGAGAGUACAUGAGCCAUCAUCAAAUAACCAUGUAACUAUUCAAUCUAUUUCUCUAUAUAUAUUAUUAUGUAUAAUCAAUCAUUUUUUGUGUUGUGAAAUUGUUUUUGUUUCUCAAAUGAGCAGGGUAUCGAUGUAAAUAACACGAACAAUCACGAGACUCCAGGUGUUGUACCCUUCAAACGAGAGCCUGAGAAGUGAUCAGGGUCUGGUGUAAGCCAUGUUUUAUUGUUGAAGAAAGAAGAAAGGCUUUGUUGUCUUUGUUUGUGCAUUAUCUUAGUUUAAAAGGAUAGAGCUCACAUGAAUGUAUAAGCUAACAUACCUGAAAUUCUGAACAAUUUUAUUUAUUUUCUGUUUCUUUCCAAUUUUUUUUUUUAUAAAAAUCCUUUGGAAAAGAAAAAUAUGUUCACAAACCCUCCAGAGAGUAUACAGAACUUAGGCCAGGAAAAGAAUAAAGCCC